AUGUUCAAAAAGUCAAUUCUCAAAUGUACUCAAUCUCACUUGUUGAAGGCUUCGGAUAAGAAAAAGCUACUCAAACAAUUACAAGAACAAUAUCCGAAUGUACCUACUCCUUCCGAGUUGGAUCAUGAUGAUACUCAAAAUAUUAAUAAUGAAAGUGUUUCAUCCUCGUCGUUGUCGUUAUCAUCAUCACUCGAAAAUAAUAUUAAUCCAUGGAAAUUAUUACUUCCUUUAAAAAGCCAAAAUGUUCAAAGUUGCAAAUUGGUUGCAUAUUUGCAAUCACCUGAGCAACAACCAACGGAGGAAAUUGUGAUAGCCAAAAACGUUCCGAACAAGAAGAAAAAACAGCAACAAAUGCAAAAACAAAUGUUAAGAGCCUCUCAAGAUAUUCAAACAUUCAAUGUCAUUACUGUUGAUAAUAUUCCAAUGUUCUUCUCUAUUGAAAAAGAUGAAUUUUAUUUUCCAACAAUUUUUGCACUCCAGAUUGCACCAAAUUUGGUGGACACAAUUUAUAUUUCUCAGCCAGUUUCGCAUUAUUUAUUGCAAGGUGCUGAUCUUAUGAAACCUGGAGUGAGUAGAAAUCAGAAAAAUCAAAAUCUACAACUUGCUGGAGGUGAUAAGUUAAAUAAUGGUGGAAGUAAUGGAGGAAUUGGCACUUUUAAAACAGGUGAUAUUCGAAGCAUACAAAUUAGAGGUAAUCCUGUACCGUUUGCUGUUGGAGAAAUGGUCAUGGAUUACUCGGAAUUUUCCUCUUCUGAUAAAGGAAAAUGCAUGGAAGUGGUACACAUUUUUGGUGAUUAUUUGUGGCAAUAUGGAACGAACCAUGCCUCUUCUUCGUACUCUCCUCCAGACGGAUUUACUUCACAAAUUAUUGAAGUCACUGUUACUAGUGACACAGAUGCCAGCAGCUCCCAAGGAACAGAAACUGCCUCUACAGAAGCUUCAAAAGAAUCUAUAAAGAAAGAAGAAACAUUAGAAGAAAGUAAUGAAGAUGAUAAUGAUAACGAUGAUAAAGAAGGUGAGGAGCCAGAAAACUCCUCAAACACCACAGACAUCAAACCUGAAGAAAUGGAUCAACUUUUAGAAUCUUACUUUAUUUCAACUCUAAAAAGUGGCAUUGAAGACGAUCAACUUCCAAUGGAAGGUAGUGGAUUCUACACAAAAAUGUUUGAGUUUAGUGAUGAUAUUAUUUUGGAUAUUAAGAAGUCAACAUACAAAAAGUGGACAAAAUUCCUCAAACAAAUGCAGAAAGAUAACAUUGUCAAGGUCAAGGAUGUUAAGGGUACUCUCUUUGUUACAAAUGUAAAUAGAAGUCAUCCAAAAUAUGUUGCUGCGAAAGAGCUGAAACGAAAGGCUGCCGUGGCAUCCUCCUCUUCUGGAUCAUCAUCCAAGAGUGUACAGAUUGUGACUCUCAAAAAAGCACCAUCUCCCCUUCUUCCAAUAUUUGGCGGCCAAGCAGCUAAAGACAAGUUAUUCGCUGAGAAGGAAGUUAAGGAUUGUCUGCUAAAAUAUUGCCAAGAUGCUAAAAUAUUUAACAAUGGUCGUGUUAAGAUUGAUGAACUAAUUUACAGCAAAAUCUUUAAAUCAGGAAAGAGCAAGAAUGUCAGAAUAGAAGAAAUGGUUCCCAUUCAAGUCAUUAUGGAACAUCUUCUCAAUGAAAUGAUUGACCAUUAUGCUGUCACCUACGACGGCAACGAAGAGGAAACUGCAAUUUUCAAAGGAACUUGUCCUGGAAUUAAAUUAGAAGCUGAUAAAAUCAUGGGAAAUAAGGUAAUAACCAAAGUGGAUGGAGUAAGCUUGAUCAUUAAUAAUCCAGACCUGAACUGUGUUGCAUUUGAAGAGUUGGUAAAGAAGCUCAAAAGUAAAUGCAGUGCCUCAAUCAAAACGAAUACAUCGACACUUCCAACCGUUGGAUUGCGAGAACCUGAUAUUACCAUUCAAGGAAAUCACAUUGUCACAGUUCAACAAAUCCUCACUCAAGAAUAUGGUUUUCCAUUGAAACAUAUCUUCACCACGGACCACACUGCCAAGAAGAAGAAAAAGUAA